AACCAAGUUAGUUGCUAUUGACAACCGGAAAAAAAAAGACAAAGCAAGCCAAAUAUUGUUCGGUCCCGGAUAAGGUUUUUUAUUACAAAAAUUAUUAUGAACGCUGCUUCACCCAAGAAGGCUGGAAAGAAGAAACGCAAGACCCAUACCACUAGGGGUUAUCGGAAACGGGAGCAGGAAGUACAAAAAUUGAUGAAGGAGACUAAAGGAAGCUUGGCGGGACAGGAAAUCGACGUGGAGGCGCUUAGCUUGCAGUUCUUUCAUGGAAACGAAGAGUGUAAUGUGCCGCAGGAGGAUUCGCCUGUGCAGGAAAGCGUUCGAGAAGAGAGCGAUGAUGAUUCUGGCGAAGAACUGGCUGCUGAACCAUCGGAUUCUCCUUCCCAAACAUUUAUACAAAUUGAUCUGAACGAUCCACCGCUGGUCUGGAAUCAGCUUUUCAAGCAGCGACACUACUAUGAUGACAGUUUACUCUACCGAACGAGUAAUACCCUACAUUUUCAGUUGCACUUGAAUGCCCCCAAGUUGAAGAACUCACAGAUCCGCAUGUUGAAUCGCUACCAGGAACAGGCCAAAAGCGUAUCAAGCAAAUUGAGUUCUGAUUUGAUAGCUCAGCUGAGUGAAGGGAAUCCGUCAAAUUUUUUGAUUGAUAACAAUCUAUAUCGGAGUGUUUGCCACAAGGAAUUCCAGAGCAUAUUUUUCGAUCCCAUGUCUCCAAAUGAAUUUCAAGGCUUGCCCACCAGACGUUGCCUGAAACUGAGCCUGAAACAACUCCGCUUCAGUUUACAUCCCCAACUUUUGGAGGAGCACCGACUAGCUCAACAGCUGGAGGAUCUUUUUGAUGUGUACAGUCAUCAGAAGAAGCAGAAGAUUUGUCGGAAACUAAGGGAGGAGUUGGAGAUUGCGCGGCAGGUGGCACUAAAAAUGCUUUCCACAGCUGGCCAGGAUCAGACUGCAGAGGUGAAGCGGCAAUUAAAACUGACACGGCAGUUAAGGCAACGGUACUACUCAGAAUCGGCUGCCCAGCGUAAUCUUCUACAGCGUCUGCUAAAGGAGUGGGCCAAGCUGAAAGAACUUCGUCGCCAACAGCGUUUCCAAUGCACACGCUUCCAGCUUGGUCUUCGGGUGGUGCAUCCUCCCGACUUGGAGGCCGCUUAUUCAUGCUGGAAGGAAAGCUUUGAAACGGAUCUAGCCGAGGUUUACCGUGAGCAUCUGGAGAUUUUCUACACCCGACUGCGCUUGUGGACUGAGCAAAAAUCCAAGAGCCGGACGUCGACAUGUCAAUCAAAGCCUCCACGGAAACCCCAAUUUGAGCGGGUUAUGGUCAGCCUGAAGAAGGACUAUGAUAGAGCCUUUAAGGACCCGGAAGAACCUUUAGUAGAGAUUUUCCGCCUGCAUGCCGAUGAAGCAGCUGCCAGACUGUCUAUUCCAGGGGGAGAGCAGCUGCCCAAAUCACGAAACUACUUUCUCAAGAUCUUCCUGGAUGGUCAGUUUGUGGGCCAAAGCAGAAGCUAUCGUCUGGAACCGGAUUUGGAGAUAAGCAUCAACGAGUGUAUUGGUGUGCUUCUAGAGAGGACACUGCCAGAGAACCUCAACAUAUGGCUUUAUGAAAAGUCAACAUUGACCCCAAGGAGUCGCCGUCUGGCACAAAUGAGUACACCGCUUUUGUUAAGUUUGGAGGAUGAGGCUGUGCAGGAGAAACUCAGCUUUCAGACUUCAUCCUCCAAUCAGUUGGCAGGUGAUGUUUAUCUCUACUACGAGUACCGAUCCACAGAAGGAUGGGGAAGUUCCCUUAAUCUAGACGAUGUGCAGAGACUACCAGAUGCGCUGCGUCAGACCUUGAUCCCGCAGAAACUUGCCGCCUUGCCAGAAGCCUCGAAGGAGCUGGUGACUCCAAGACCACCCAGUGGCAGGAGCAAGAAAAGUGUAUUACCGCCGCUUAUCUUUGCGGAACAGCAGCUUCAAUUCUGCGCUAUAGAAGUGCUCCUAGAAAACAGACGGUUCCAGUUGCUCCACUCCCGUCAUCAGCAAAAGAAUAUCCAUACGAAACAGCUGCGUUUUGUGCCUGCUCUGGAGCAGGAAAUUUCGGAGGAAGAGCCUCUGCCGGAUGGUCGGGAAACUAUUCAGCUACUGGAACCGGGCACAUACUGGAACCCCAUUGACCUGCACAAGCACCGCGGACGAAAGUUCCUGCAGCUGCUGUACGAGGUAAUUAGCAGCCAGUGUGCCAGGAGGGCGAAAGCCUUGCAGACGCCUCUGCCGCUGCUUCUUCUGGCAGAGGACUCUGAUCAGUCAUCCGCCACUGGAUGGACAACUCUUUGGCGGGCCUUCUGUUCCGUUUUCCAACGGCAACACGUGUCUCUGCCUAGAGAACCACCUGUUUGGUCUAGUCAGCAAUCUGGUCCCGAUCUAUUCAAGCGCUUCAACGUUUCCCUCCAUGUGGUAAGAGCCACUGGGGUUCCAGUAAGAAGUCGCCAUAUCCUGAAUCUUAAUGAGCGGCGGACUAGUACUGGAGGCGAUAUGAGCACCAGUUUGUUCGUCACACAAACCCUCAUGUACUCCAAUGUCCGACCCUUUGUGACAUUGAGCUAUGGACAGCGUUUGUGCCGCAGUCGCACCGCCGAGGGCAGUAAUCCAACCUGGAACGAGCAACUGCAGCUGCAGAUACACACUCAGUUCGGUGAUCUUCGCGAGGAUCUCAAGAUCAGUUUGUUUGACGAAUUAAUAGAGCAGCAGUACAGUGAUGAGGCAUCCGAUUUAUACCAGAGGGUGCAGUGCAACUGGUUGGGAGAAUUCCGGGUGCCCAUCAAUUGCCUCCUAGCCAGUCGGAAGUUUGAGGGCUGUAUUGAGCUGACCAUGCCCAAAGUUUUGGUGGGCUAUAAAAGACCAUUGAUAGACUCCGUGACUAACAUGUCCACGGAUCAAUAUCCGGAAUUCAAGGAAGCAGUUCAUCUGUGGUUCUAUCUGGGUAUCGAACCUACUAGUGGAGACUUAGUACCAUUACAUUCGAGUGCAUUGGCCUGUGCAGAGAAGCCAGAGAUGCAACAUUAUCUCAGCGAAAAAAGGUUGGAACUUCUGCAACUUUUGCCCCAGCCACAGCGAUACGUGGAACCUCUGGUGUGCACCGCUCAAGGUAAAAGGGUCUGCAUCACGAGACUCUUGGAUGCCGUACCCCUUCCUCCAUCGGUGGCCAGUGGGGAGAGCCCCUUGGACAGCUCAUGUCGCUUUGUUUCCCUUCUAAGCCAGUUUCGCAGCUACGAUCCCUGCCAGGGAUUCCGAGGCGUUUGGUUGGAUAAUCAGACACUUUUGGACAGCACUUGGUGUUCGGUCAAGGAUCUUGGAGUCCUGCUCUGUAAUUAUUUGCUAUCUUUGGGGUUAGAAUGUUGGCUUAUUUUAGGAGUAUCCUGUCCCCAUGGCGAGUGCUCCUUUGUGCUCUUUCGACAGCCGGAAACUUCCGAGCUUUUCCUUGUAUCACCUUCAAGUGGUAAAAGAUAUCAACUGCAGGAUGUGUACUGUCCACUGAGACGUGUAUUUUGUGUGGUAGGAAAGCAGAAUAUAUAUUUUAAUAUUCAAUCGGAAACACGUGUCAGCAUGACAAAUUUCAAUCUUCAAGAUGGUGCCUGCUGGUUUCCACUCUUUAGCCGACGAGUCCCUGCCCCUCACAGUGGCGUCCAGAAGUUGGACUACAUGUACAAGAGGAGCUACGACCUCAGCCAACUUCAGAAGAAUAUUGAACGUAAGAUUAUGAAGAAGAUUAGUGCCUGGCGCACGACCAGGAAAACCAUAUGGAAUCGAGGCUUUCAACCACGUUUGCAGAAGAUUCUCAGCGACAUGGAAAACCUAUCCACUUUUUCCAGAGGACGAUAUGAUGAGCCAAUUUUCAGCGAACAACUGGAAAGAGAGUUUCCUAACUACAGACUCUACGGGUUCACCCUCAACUUUGCGUAUACCAAUCUGGCGACGAUAUCGGAGCGCAUCCGAACCACCUGCAUCCAUUAUAACCACGACGCUUUUGUUGAGUUUUGCGUUGCUGUGCAUCUUCACGCGCACGCCAAUGACGUGCUAUCCGUUUGGCUGUUCCUGCUCUCUAUCGUGCCACUAGUAGUGUGAUUCACAUCCCGCAAAUCGACACUUUCAAAUGCCAUAGGCAAUCCCCCUUCCAUGAGGGAUUUAUUAUCAGUUCAGGUUACAAGUGCAAGCGUAGCCGCAUGGACUGAUUUUUAUCGCAACGCCCAACUGUUGAACGAAAGAGGCCGGAAUGAAAUCUAUUUAAUUUGGUUUACAGCCCGAAAAAUGUAU